GCGGGACAACGUAACAAGGUAUAUAUAAAUAUUGAGAAGUGAAAAUGUCUGUAUCAGCAAACGUACUCGAUUUGAAUGAAGUUCUUCGAAGAUACGCAUACAAUAGGAUUUAUACCAAGUCGAAUUUCUUCAAAAAAUGGUUACUGGAAGAAAAAGACUUUUACGUUGAAGUAGAUUGGAAAGGCGUGACUGUAGAUCAUAACAUCCAGAGACUUUCUUUGAGACCAACUAAAAAUACGUAUACUACACCGUUUGGCAAAGUGACCACAGGUUCCAGGUGGAUUUCUCUCCUUUCUUGUGAUUUUGAAAAUCAUUCAGACUCGAAACAGUCGCAUGAGUUCAUAGGGAAGCGUGACACGACUUCAUGGGUAGGAGUUGAUCUGAAAACGUGUUAUACUAUUUCUAAAGACGUUAAUAUCUCCAUUAAUUUACCGAGUAACUUCUCCAGGCAUCGUGCCGGACGGGAUAACGGUGUGAACGUACAGCAAAUCAAGGGUGAAGUUUUCAGAGACAUUCUCACCUGGGAAGUACGAUCCCACGUUGACGUGAAACCCGGAUGGCGCGCCAUUGGUGACCUUCUUGCCUUGGAAGAAACCCACGUGAUGGAUUUUGAAAUUACCACAGGACUUUUUGUACCACGAGGAAAGAUUCCAGUUUGGUUCAAACGUCAUGGAGACAAAAGUGUGUCGCAUCUUGUUGAAUUGGACUCUGAAGACUUUGCGAGUGCGUUCCAAAGUAAGGCUUCCGGUGGCGUUCUGGAGGAAGAGGAGUGUAAGAUGGUGAAAAUUUUAAAGGAAGUUCAAAUAGAUCAAGAUGGAAAUGAUUCUAAAUAUUCCAGCAUUCAUUUGAUAACCAAAGGAUCUGCGACGAUGGUAGCCUGGUCCGACCAGAGAGUUGAUAUUAAAACAGAGCCAUUGAAUUUGGUAGAACGAGAGCUCAAUAAGGAUGUGUAGAGAAAUAUUCUCACUUAUUUUCUCCCUUAAAGACUAUUAGUGUAAUCAUCGCAUGCUCAAUGACGUAAUUAUUGGUGCCUUACGUAAAUCCUUUGACAUUGCUAUAUGGUUGUUAACCUUUAAACCACUAUUGCUCCAAUCAAAUGCUCUGUCUAGUGAAGGCUUUGAAAACCACUCAUUUUACAAUUUACAAUUCUGGGACAUUCAAUAUGUCCAAGUUAAAUACGAUUGUUUUUGACUGUAUAUAAUAUUAUCAUCAGCCCUUAAAUGAUUAUGAUGAUUUCUGAUAUUUUAUUCUGCCAUCGUACAUGGUCAGUAAACUAGAAGGACACGAUCGAACAUGACAGGAUAACGUCAUGUAUCUAAUUUAUUGUAGGCGAUUAUGAAUUCCAUUAUGUAUAUAGGCUAUAGUAUUUUAAUUGCAUGUAUAUAAUUUAUAAUAUAUAACUGUUUCAAGUUAUAAGAGUUAUAUAAUGCUACUAUUUAUAAUAUGUAUAUAAAAUUUUAAUAUCCAGU